UGUUACAAAAUUUGGCUGUAAUUCCUCAGUAAUUACAUAAUGGACGAAGUUGAUAUUGAUUUCCAUAACAUGCUACCCAAAAUUAUACAAUUAUAAUUAUAUUUGACAAAUAAUGAAUUUUGCAUUGUUGCUAAUUAGUUGCAAAUGCACAUGUUGGCACUACUGUGACCGUGACAAAACUUUCGUUCGUUUGAUUCGUUCGUUGAUGUGCGAGAUAGGAAAUGUGUUUUAUCGAAUACCUUGAUUUUAAAUUCUUAUUAAGUUUAUUUAAUUGAAGUUAAUUUUGUGUAACUUACUGUGUCUCUUUCUAUUGGACAUGGUUAACGUUUUUUCAUGAAGAAAUAGUGGUUUGAAGUCGUUGGAAGAAAAUGUUUUUGUGUGCUAAGUUUCAUAAUGGCGGCCCGUCGCGUCCCCCGCGCCUCCAUUUCGAUGACAGUCAAAUUAUGACAAUGCCGAUACGUAAAGUUUAAAGAUGUUAUGUAUUUGUAAAUAGUUUUGUGAAAUAUUAUAGUUGACGAUUAUACAAGGACUAAAUAUGAAUCAGGAACACCAUAAUAUGAACACGGGUGGUGGCCAGCCUCCGGGAACUUCUGAGUCACAGAACCAAAGAGUGCAAUCUACACAGCAACAGCAGCAAAAUAACUUGCCUGCCACGACAUCAGCUACUGAUCUACGAGUAAACUCAGCGGCUGUGAACGUCGCUUUGUCUAGUGUUGCGAAAUAUUGGGUGUUUACAAAUUUAUUUCCCGGGCCCAUACCGCAAGUCUCUGUGUACGGGCUACCUGCAGGCGCAAGGAUUGAAAAUGGAAAACCUGUUCAGGAUCUUGGUCAAACCCAUGCCAGUAUAUUAAAUGGAGAUCCAAACAUCAUACUGGGACAUCAUGCUGGACAGUCUCAGGUUACGGUGUCUGCAGCUGGUGGCCAGCAGAUCCCUGUCUCCCAAAUCAUUGCUACACAGUCAGGCCAAACUCAUGAAGCACUUGUGGCUCACAGUCAACAGGCCGAGCUGGCGGCGGCCCAGGGCAACAGCAACAACACGCAGGUGUCAGUUAGUACGGGCCAGCCCACUCACCAGCAGGUACCCAAUAACCGGGUCGAGUUUGUACAACACCAUAACAUUGAUAUGGUAAAUCACGUGGGCCAUCAUUCACAACAACACCUAAUGCAACAACAGCUAAUGGCUACUGCACGACCAGAACACAGUAACCAGCAGAUCCAGCUGACUGUGAGUGAAGAUGGCAUAGUAACAGUAGUGGAGCCAGCAGGUAGCAAAAUGGUCGACAAAGAGGAACUGCACGACGCCAUCAAGAUGCCUUCAGACCAUACCCUGACUGUGCACCAGCUGCAACAGAUUGUUGGACAACAGGUGAUAGACAGCGUAGUUCGCAUAGAACAAGCGACCGGAGAGCCGGCCAACAUACUCGUGACUCACAAUCCCGACGGCACGACGUCUAUAGAAGCCAGCGCAGCCGACCCCCUCAUCGUGAAGGAUGAGAAGAGUGCCAACAAAAUGGAGGCGGCACAGUUCGCGAUACCUGCCGAAAUUAAAGAUAUCAAAGGGAUCGACUUAAAGAGUGUGGGUGCCAUGGGGAUGGAAGGUGCCGUUGUGAAGAUAUCAGCCGGUGCAUCAGAACACGAUCUCCAUGCCAUGUACAAAGUGAACGUCGAAGAUCUGUCGCAGCUACUUGCUUAUCAUGAGGUUUUCGGAAAGUUGAACUCCGAAGGACAGCAACAAGCGAAGGUAAUAAGCGAGGUAGAAGUAGAAGCUGGUACCAGCGCAGCCAUGUCUGAAGCGGAAACUUCGCCAGGCCAUCAUUCCUGUGAUAUUUGCGGGAAAAUAUUCCAGUUCCGAUACCAACUUAUUGUUCAUAGGCGUUAUCACGGCGAAAGCAAACCGUUCACGUGCCAAGUAUGCGGUUCUGCGUUUGCCAAUCCGGUAGAACUAUCGAGACACGGAAAAUGUCAUCUUGCUGGUGACCCAAACGAAAGACACGCCAAACGGAUGGCUCAAGAUAAGCCAUACGCUUGCACCACUUGCCACAAAACCUUCUCUCGCAAAGAACAUUUAGACAAUCAUGUUCGAAGUCAUACCGGCGAGACUCCAUACAGAUGCGAGUUCUGCGCGAAGACUUUUACCCGCAAAGAGCACAUGGUAAAUCACGUACGGAAACACACGGGCGAGACUCCUCACCGUUGCGAUAUAUGCAAGAAGAGUUUUACUCGUAAAGAACACUUUAUGAAUCACGUCAUGUGGCAUACAGGUGAAACGCCGCACCAUUGUACAAUAUGCGGAAAGAAGUAUACUAGGAAGGAGCAUUUAGUGAACCAUAUGAGAUCGCAUACAAACGAUACCCCGUUUCGAUGCGAAUUAUGCGGCAAGUCGUUCACGAGAAAGGAACACUUCACCAAUCACAUAUUGUGGCAUACGGGUGAGACCCCGCACCGCUGCGACUUCUGCUCGAAGACGUUCACCCGCAAGGAGCACCUCCUCAACCACGUGCGGCAGCACACGGGCGAGUCCCCGCACCGCUGCAACUUCUGCAGCAAGUCCUUCACGCGCAGGGAACACCUCGUCAACCACGUGCGGCAACACACCGGCGAGACGCCCUUCCAGUGCGGAUACUGUCCGAAGGCCUUCACUAGGAAGGACCAUCUUGUAAACCACGUUCGGCAGCAUACUGGGGAGUCUCCACACAAGUGCUCGUUCUGCACCAAGUCGUUCACCCGCAAGGAGCACCUCACCAACCACGUGCGGCAACACACGGGCGAGUCGCCGCAUCGCUGCACCUUCUGCGCAAAAUCCUUCACUAGAAAGGAACAUCUCACCAACCAUAUCAGACAGCACACGGGAGAAACGCCACACAAGUGUACGUUCUGUACGCGGGCGUUUGCGCGCAAGGAGCAUCUCACCAACCACAUCCGACAACACACCGGCGUCACGCCGCACUCCUGCUCCUACUGCAACAAGACCUUCACCAGGAAAGAACAUCUUGUUAACCAUAUUCGACAACACACGGGCGAGACUCCUUUCAAGUGUACAUUCUGUUCGAAGUCGUUCUCUCGUAAGGAGCACCUCACGAACCACGUCAACCUUCACACAGGAGAAACGCCCCACAAAUGUCCCUUCUGCACCAAAACAUUCUCCAGAAAAGAACACUUGACCAACCAUGUCAGAAUUCACACGGGUGAGUCGCCGCAUCGAUGUGACUUUUGCCAGAAAACUUUUACUCGCAAGGAGCACCUAACAAACCAUAUGAAACAACACACCGGCGAUACCGCGCACGCCUGCAAGGUCUGCUCGACACACUUUACUAGGAAGGAGCAUCUAAUUACGCACAUGAGGUCACACAGUUGUGGCGAAAGGCCGUUUAGUUGCGGCGUGUGUGGAAAAUCUUUCCCGUUGAAAGGCAAUUUACUGUUCCAUGAACGUUCGCACAAGAAGGCCAAUGCUGGUAAUAGGCCCUAUAGGUGUGGAGUUUGCGCUAAGGAGUUCCUCUGUAAAGGUCACUUGGUAUCUCAUCGGCGCACUCACGCAGAAGGAGAAGAAGGUGCCGCGAGCACUGAAACUCCUGCUGAGACAGAAGAUUGUUCUGAUUGUACCAAGUGUGUCAAAGCUGAGCCAGAACGAACAAAUGAGAGGAAACUAGACGUCAGAACAACGGCGGAAACACGGCCGGCGGAGAGCAAUGUUGCACAAACCCAACCCAACACUGCUACUGUAAUGCAAAUAACUAACCAGCAGCAGGUCCGCGCUGGAGUGGGCGGCGUGGCGGGGGUGGGCGGCGUGGGCAGCGUGGGCGUGGGCGUGGGCGCGGCGGCGGGCGCGGGCGUGUCGGGCGCGGGCGUGGCGGGCGCCACGUUCACGCACACCGUGAGCGCCGCGCACCACGCCGGCGCCGCCAUCGCGCACCACCCCGUCACCGUCAACUACUAGCGCACGACACGCGCCCACUGAACAAACACUAAUCUAAUCAUACCACUUACGAACUGACGACUCGAAUUGAGUUUAAAUUACUUUACUAUAUUUUUGCCAUUACUCUGGAGCAUAAUCAUGGUACACCUUUAAACCAAGAAGGUGAAAAUAGAUUGGUUGCAAAACAUUAUGUAACAAGGUAAAUUAUACUUUUUUUUUGUAAAUAGAAAUAGAGAAAUGUAUAAAUAAUUAUUUACUUUUAAUUCUCUACAAUAUACUAAUUGAAUAUGUAUACAGUCAUGUUUAAAUAGAUUUUGAAGUAUUUUAAAUACCAAUUGUUAUUUAAUAUCAUCAUAGACUUUGUUUCAAAUGAAUCCACUAUCAAUGGUAAAUAGUUCUAAGCAAAUGAUUUUCCAGUCAAUAUUUUAACGUCAUGUCUGAUACAAAGUGAUUUUAACAUAGAUUUUAGAAGUUACCUGAAUAAAUUUCGAUUUUACAAAUGCACUAUUGAUUUUAGUUGGUACAUACCUAAAUAAUUUAUCUUAUUCUUGGUUCAAUAUCUUGUCCAGAAUAAUUAUGUAUGACUUAAAUGAUUUUGAAAAUUGUGUACAUUCCUUAAUUGAUCAAAGUGGAUUAGAAGUAUCUUGUGCUAAAAGUUAAUAAGUCUUAUUUUAUUUUGCACACAAUAGAGUUAUUUUAUUAAACAAUCGUAUUUUAAUUGUGUAACAUUGAUUUUUCCUAAAUAGGAUGUAUAUUUAAAAAUAUUAUGCUUCAAUAGAAUUAUUGUAAGUGAUGUGAAAUUUGUUAUUCAAAUUACUAUAUGGGGACCAGAGAUCAAAGCGAGAGUAUAAAAUAAUAUUAAAGCUAAUCCUCUUGCAGCUUCCCAAGAAUUUUUAUUUACACUAUUUUUUAGUUUAUUUUUACAAUUACUUUUUAUUUUUUGGGAAAACAUUAUUUUACCCUAAAAUAAUACUUGUGUCCAGCUUAGACGAUAAUUAUUCUUUGCCAUGUAUGUACAGUACAAGUGUGAUAAAUCUGUUAUAACUUUUUUUCAUAAGAAGGUGUAUAGAGGUAUUAUGGUGAUUGUAUCGCUUAGCUUAGUCAUUUAUGUGUACGUGAAGUGGUGUUAUAAUCACUUCCGUGCUUAAAUUGUAAACACGCUGCUUGUAAUAAAACAUUAUAAUAUAGCCUGUAUUUACGUGUAAAUAGUUUAUUUGUAAUUACAUAGUUGUAUGUAGCAAAAUUAAGACUAAUGAAAAUAUCAUUUAUGUUAAUAUUUGGCUGAAUUGAUAAAUGUUAUCUUACGGAAACUGGGAAUUAUGCGGUUGAAAAUCGUGUUUUGUGUAGUAAGAUUUUCAUUCAAGGUGCGAUGAAUCAUUGAGAUAAUUUAUAUCACAGCCAUUUGGUAACUUAUCUUCAAUGGUGCCACGCUAAUUUAUAUUUUAUAGAAAAUCUAAUUCCUUAGACACAAUAGUAUGUACUAAAAUCUAAAUUAUGUUCAGUAAUUUGAUAUGAAUGAGAUUAAAAAAUGAAACUAACAUA